AUGGCUUCAGAUGUAAAAGCAAAAGAUUUCACGUUACAGGAGAAUCAAGAAACAAAAGUAGAUCCUUCACUAACAGAAGAACCCAAAAUGACUCAAGAAGUACAAAUUAUGCCUAUGAGUGAUGAUAACGUUAAUGACAUUGAUAAGGAAAAAGCUCCUACUUCACCCACAGAAAAGAGAAAAAGUGAACAGCCCCAACCCACAAAAGUUAAAGAAUCUCCAGACGUUGACGGUGAUAAUGAUGAAAAUAAAUCUGAUGAAUCCGUUGAACCACCACCUGCCAAAAGGACCAGAACAUCAACUCGAAAAAUGAAUUCUCCCAUUUCCAAACGUAGAAAAUCAUCAUCAAAUUCUUCCAAUCAAAGCUCACCAAAACGAGGUCGCGGUCGUAAACCUAGCAUCAAAUCCGAAAAUGAAGUCGAAUCAGAUGAAUUUCGUCAGGAUCAAGAUGACGAUGACGAUGAUUACAAAACAGGUGACUCUGAUUAUGAAGAGGUAGAAAAGAAACCAUCAAUUAAGAAAAAGGGUAAGAGUGGUCAACAUGCGAAAAAGAAAACCGCUUGGAAAGUUGAUGAAGAUAAUUAUAUGAUCGAUUUUAUUUUGGGUGAAAUGCCCUCUCCUGCUUGGAAUCGAAUUGCUAAAGGUCUCGAAGGUCGUACACCGAAUUCAUGUUUAGUUAGAUGGAAAACAUUGCAAAAAAGAUUGUAUCAAACCACUUUAUAA